GUGACAUACGGGACAAACUGUGCCCCAUUUCUAGCACUUCGCGUACUUGAGGCAAUCGCUUAUUGGGUAUAGGUAUAAUAUAUUGUUAUAAUUUUAUUUAUACGAAAUAUAUACACCAAAUGUACAUUGUUUUUUUAAUAGGAGAAAUCGGAAAAAAAUUCCUUAGAUCGAGUGAAAAAAAAAGAUCCCAGCCCAAAUCUAAAAAACUUCUUUUCUCUGGAAAUUCAGAAAAAAAGCGUAAUAAUGGCCCGGAUCAACAUUAUGGUUUAGCUGAACCAUUACCAGAAGAUAAUAUUCCAAAAGAAGUAUUAGAAAAAACAAAAGAAGAUUUUAUAAAUGCAUUACAGUUGGACAGACGUGAACGGUUAGCCAUUGAAGAACAAACAAGGGAACAGGCUAACUCACAAAUUUGGCACGUUGAACGUAGAAAUCGACUCACAGCGUCAAAUUUUGGUGGCGUUUGUAAGCUUCGGAAAACUACGUUUUGCAAAAAUACUGUAUAUAGUUUGCUAUAUAGGACAUUUUCUUCGAAAGCAACAGAUUAUGGAAAAGCCACGGAACCACAAGCUAUUGUCGCAUUGGAAAAAACAAUUAAUUGCAAAGUGAAUAAAUGUGGACUUAUUAUUGAUGAACAUUUUCCUUAUUUAGCAGCUUCUCCUGAUGGUCUUGUCAAUAAUGAUUUUAUAGUUGAAAUUAAAUGUCCAUUUGGAGUAAAAGACACUAAGACAUUUUUAGAAGCUAUAAAUAGUAAAAAAUUAACUUUCUGUCGUCUUGGUGAAAACGGGAAAAUGGAAUUAAAAGUGGACCAUAGUUACUACUAUCAAGUUCAGGGACAAAUGCAUAUUUCAAAACGAAAUUCUUGUUAUUUCGUUGUUUAUUCGGCCAAUUGGAUAGAAAUACAAAUAAUUAGUUACGAUGAUUCUUUCUGGCGCGAAAAAAUGAUUGAGAAGUUAAAAGUUUUUUAUACAGAAUGCUUACUUCCAGAAAUAAUCAAUCCCCAGUACGGAAAGAGACUGUUGGUAGAUGACAUUUUAGAUCCUCAAUAUAUUUUAGAAAAUAUAAAAACAAAAACAUCAAAAAAAAAUUCUAUUGAUAAAAAAAAUAAGUUAUAAUUGUUUCUAGUUUCUAAAUGUCGAUUACAAUU